AUAUAUUUUUGUAUAUUUUUCACUCCUUCCAUCACUCGUUUAGUGUAACUCCAACGCAUCCCACCAAACCACCACACCACGCGUAGAUUGAAUCGACCCCACCACCACGACCUUUCAACGCGGCAUCACAUCCCGCACUUUGCAUCCACGCCGCCGUUGAGCAGCGUCACCAGUUUAAAAACAAUGGCGCCUCUCGAAUUAACCCUCAUUGUCGCCGCCACGCGCAACAUGGGCAUUGGGUUCCAAGGCUCGAUGCCGUGGAAGGGCCUGCGCAAGGAAAUGCAGUACUUUGCGCGCGUUACCACCCGCAUCCCACCACAGGCUCCCGCAGGCUCCAUCAACGCCGUCAUUAUGGGCCGCAAAACAUGGGACUCGAUCCCUCCCAAGUUCCGCCCUCUCAAAGACCGCCUCAACAUCGUCAUCUCUCGCUCGUCACCACCGCCGCCGCCGCCCACGCAGCCUGUGCCUCCCAACGAGCCGAUCCGAGUAUCCUCUGUCGAACAGGCUCUCGAGUACGCGCAGGGCCACCCUAGCGUUUCCCGCGUCAUAAUCAUGGGUGGCGGACAAAUCUACGGCGCUGCCCUCCAGCACCCCGCGGCAAAGCGCGUGCUACUCACAAACAUCAUGCGAGACUUUGAAUGUGACGUGUUUUUCCCUUUGGAUUUGACCGGCGGUAAAGCAGAGGGCUGGGCAAGGCGAUCAACUGAAGAGUUGAAAACGUGGACGGGCGAGGGACCUGAAGUCGAGGGUAUCCAAGAGGAAGCAGGCACACAGUACGAGUGGCAGAUGUGGGAAAAGACAGACUAGUCCCACAAAGGCCAAGAAUAAAAAUUGUAAAGGUCAAACUUUUUAUGUAUUUCAUAGAUUACAAUGUAUGCAAUGAAGAGAGGAUGAAGAGUCUAUCGGCUAACAGAUGGCGCAAAAAGAAAUCAGGAGUAAGGAGAAAGAAUAGUAGCAUCCGUCGAAACAGAGUAGACAACAUGUACAUGAGGAUGCUCCGACCGCAUUUCUUUUUCAUAAAUAGUAAUACACAGUACAAAUUAAGCCUCUUUCGUUGUUCGUACACCAAACUGCCGCUUUAGGCCCUCUUCUCGGCAGCCGCCUUAGCCGCCGCUUGAGCAGCAUUAGCAGGCUCGCCGGUGCCAUGCUUCUUGAAGGGCUCCUCAAGCCUUGUCCAGAAGACAUCGACAGGUCUCUCGAGGAUAUCAGCAGCCUGCUGGGGGAACAUGGCGUCGCUCGUGCUCUCCAGACUAGCCAGGGACGCGCGCAUCCAGCCAACAAUAGCCACCAACGAGCGCGGGUCGACCUCCGGGUCGCCCUUGAACAGGUUUCGCCAGACAGCGCUGGCCAGGAUAGCAUCGCCCUUGAUAAGGCCCUCGUCGUAAGCGAGGAUCAGGCCGCGCCACUGCACAAAGAUGUCCUUGAGGUAGCGCUGGCGCAGGGCCGACGACGUGAUGUGGUGGUCGAUGUGCAUCUUCUUCUCGCACUCGAAGAAGAAGUGGUCCACGAGCUGCUGUGUCCAGUUGCGGUAUUCCUCGCGCUCGAAGCAGCGCACUCUGGCGUUGAGCAGGUACAGGUGCAACAUGGUGACGUGCGACCAGGUGCUGAAUGUCGGGGGGAGGUUGAAUUCUGUGCACAGAGAGGCGUUAGUUUCCAUACCUGAUUUGAUAGCUGGGGAGGAACCAGGACUGACUUGUGUGCCAUACGCUUUCGGAGACGGUUGGCUCGCCGACUUCUUCGCCGUCCUCCAUCUUCUUGACUUGGUCCUGCUUGCGCUGCUCCUCUGUGAUCUUGUAGUCGGCCUGCUUGGCGCAGACCUUGAACAGGCGCUCGGAGACGCCUACGACGCGGUACGAGUCGCGGAAUGACGAGCCCAGGAGGCUUCGCGCGCUGGAGUUGCUGAAUUGGCGAACAGUACCGGCGGUUUGCUGCUGAUGCAUUGCUGAGCGAAGCAUCGAUCGGAUUGCUGGAGAAGUUCCUCUCGUCGUGGGUGCCGCAGCACGCAGGGCAGACCGGAGCAGCCCACGGGCCGAGGUGCGGCAGCCUUCGCAAACCAUGAUGAACGGUGCAGAUAUCAAAUUCGAUUGUUUCUGCUCGGUGUUGACAAAACUUGGUCGGAUUUCGGUCGGAUUCGCGCCGGCGCGGAGGUGUCGUGAUGUCGCUGGUCAAGCACAAGCAGGAGGCGAG